AUGACCAUUCUGAAAUUCUUGUCGUUGGCGACCGCCGCCAUUUUUUUCUUAGAGGACAACUCGGCUUAUGGAACGGCUGUAACUGGACAAGACGGUAGUCAAGCCGGUGGAGGUGGAGGUGAAGCUGAACCUCCACUGCAACAAGAAGAAGAGGAUGAGGAUGAGGUGCAGGACUCAUCUGGUGACACUGUUGCUAACAAAGCCGAAAGAGCGGAAUGCUGGGAGCAAUUGCACGAGGCCCGAAGCCUUGUUGGCUUCCCUGAAUUCACGCCAGCGAAUAUCCUCAAAAUUACUGAGGAUGACUGGACCGCUGGGCAAAGAGGAAAUAUCACCUCACUGGAGCAGUACCUGUCAAAGGUCUGCGAUGCAAUGAAAACAAACACAGCGCCUGAAGAGUUGACCCCCAAAACUGAAGGCACCUUCGCCUACGCAAUUCAAGAAGGGGAAAAUGCUGACUGCAAGGCUGCGGUGGACUACUGGAAGGACGCCUUCACCAACUUCAACGGGGAGUUGCCUCCAGCAUAUACCGCAGGCACGAAGCCUUACGACAAUGCUCAAAAUGUUUCCUUCAUCUCCCUCUUCAAUCCCCAAGCAAGUCCUAAGGUUGACUGUGCAUACUUCGUCUGCCCUGCAGCAACACAAAAAUCCAAAAGCAGUCAGGACAAUACAGGGACAGAAAAGGACGUGAAGGCGCUGAUUUGCGUUACGACCCCCAGUGCAUUGACGGAUGAUCAAAAACCCUUUACAGGAGUGAUUGUGCGUCUCAGGCAAGAGCAGUGGGACCAAAUCACAGCUGGCCUCAAAUCCAGCAGCGCUAUUCCAGAAGCGCCGGCAUUCCUUGCCCUUGUUGUCAUUGCAUUCGCCGCUGUUCUCUUCUGA